CGGUUUCGUCCGCAAGGGGGCGCCCGUGCGUCGCGACAUUUUACAUUGUAUUGACUGGCCGUGUCGUGUCCGUUGUAAAUAUUGUUUAUUCUGUAAAAUUCGGUCUUCGCGUUCGAUCCGGUGUAUGGUGUUGUUUGUGUGUGUUGUUGGUGAGGGCGUGCGAUGUGCCGUGGGCCGCCCCGGUGAUGGGAUAAGCCGUGGAGGACGGGGUGCCGAGUCCGCCAUAGCUCCAGGUGGUGCUGCUGCUGGUAGUGAACGGUCGCUAUGUCGGCGGAUCGCCGCCGCCACCGUCGGAACGGCUGCAAUGUCUGAGUCAUGGAUGUGGAGGUGAAGCAGCGAAACAGACGCAGAAGACGCGCCCAGCGCAUGCAGGCCCAAAGGGAGGGCAAGGCCGACCGUCGCGAUGGACCAGACAGCGGAGACGACGAUGACACCGUCGUCCGGGAGAAGCCCCAGCGGCCCCCCAACAGGCGCAAGAAGAACAAGGAGCCCCUGGUCGAGGAGGACAUCGUCGAGGGGUUCUCCAUACUGCAGUUCCGCUCCUACGAGGACCUCGAAUUUGUACUGAAGAUAAGCAGCAAGGAAAACAUAAAACGUUUGGCGGACAUCGAAAGGCCAAGACUCGAGACCAAAACGCACAUAACACAUCACAUCUCGGCACACAACAACCACGGGUUAUCGCUGACCCAAGACCCGGCCACCAGCGACGACAGUGGACGGGCAUCUGAACGUCUAACAGGGUCGUCAGUAGCGCCACGUGAUGCGGACAGUUCAAGGGACCGCCUCAGUGACGCCAGCAGUCGAUGCAGUUCAGGAAAAGGAUAUAUCUGUGAUAGCGAAGGCGAAGACGAUAAGGGCUCCGAUGCCAGCUCGGUGAUAUUCGCCUCGACACCGGCGUCUAGGAAACGGGAGUUCCCCGGCGCCUUACCGCCCAGCUUACCGUUGAGCAAUGGCACAAGCAGUUCCCCAGUUCCCGCCCCCACCCCUCCCAACCUGCCCGUACCAUCCCCGGCUCCCGCACAACAGCCGCCGUUGCAUCCGUCGGCGGCCGCAAGUAGUACGGCCGCCCCCGGUGCCAUCAAGCCGUCGGCGAUGCCGCCGUCCGUCGGUGACGCCCCGGCGUCGGCGGCCGCACCACCACCAGCUAGUGUUCCAGUCAGCGUGCCGCCGGUGACGAUGCCCCAGCCGGCCGCCGCCCCCAUGGCGCAUCUUCCGGACUCCACAUCGGGCGCCGCCGCCGCCAGCCACGCCAUGAGGACGGACAGUCCGGCGGUGGCGACGUCGGCCAACGUUCCGGUUGCGCCCGGAGCGGGACAGUACCACCAUCCGUCGUCGUACCAACCGCUGUACGCUCCGUACGCGGUUCACACGCCGUUCAGCGGCUCCGCCACCAUCACGGCAACGGUGCCGAGCACCACGACGGCGGCGGUACCGCCGCCACCGGUGACCACGGUCACGACGACGGCGAUCAAGGCGCCGUCGCCGCGAGGCCACAGUCCCAACAGGGAAAGGGAGAGUUACAGUAGCAACGUGAGUAGCCUCAGUAGAGGCAGCGUGACGCCUCUGAGCUGUCCACCCCCCACCACAGUGUCUUCUAGUCUAGCCAUGAGCAAACCUUGGACGGGUCCUACCCCGCAACUGAGUCCGGCGCCCCCUCGACCGACGCCGCCUCUGCAUUCGUCUUUCCCACCUCCAAUGUUCACGGCACCUCUGCCGCCGGUGUCGAGGGCCAGCCCUUUGACGUCGGCGGUGCAACCACCCAACCCGAAUCCGUUCUCUGCGGAAAGUUUGUUCCAAACGAAUCAAGCAGAUAUGCUCAGAAGAGAGCUCGACAACAGGUUUUUAGCGUCUCAGGAUCGCAGCCUGGGAGUGGCGCCCCCACCGUACUUAAGAACCGAAAUGCACCAGCAUCAGCACCAUCACACCCACGUGCAUCAGCACACGACGUCGCUGUUGCCACCACCGGCCGCCUCCUCGCUGUUCCCGUCGCCGCUGACCGUGUCACCAAUGGAACGACUAACGAGACGAAAUGGCAGCAGUUUCAAGGACAUACCGAAAUUAGGUGGGAUCGAAUCACCCUUUUACCGACAAAACAUCGGAAUGCCGAAUUACCCGGGCUACACGCCUGGCUUAGUUCAUCCGGGUUUGACAGCGGGUCCGACACCUUUUGUACCCCCGAAUCAUCUAUCCACGUUCCAGCCCAAGUCGAUGCCCUCAGAUCCGACCAAACCAAAAGCAAUGAAAACUGGCAAAUGGAACGCAAUGCACGUGAGGGUGGCCUGGGAGAUUUACCACCAUCAACAGAAAAGUGGUGAAGCGAAAGGCGGCGCUGCCGGUAAAACCGAUUUGUUAAGGCCGCCAUCGCACCUGUUCUCACCUAGUGUUCACGCGAGCCGCCCUCACGAACUUGCUUUCCCGCCGUCCUUGGCGUCGCAUAGACCGCCCGGCUUCGACCAGCCACAUCCGAGCUCCCUUUUCACGCCGCCACCAAGCCAUCUGGGCAAAUCGCCUUUCGCGGGCAGCACGAUGUCACCGUUCACAAGGUAUGGGAGCAGUUUUGGUGCUGCGUCGACGACGUCUCCUUUUGGUGUGUCGCCCUUCGGUAGUGCCAGAGAUUUAACGUUGGGAUCUCUCCAUGACCCAUGGCGGGGGUUACAAAGAACGGUACCAAAUUUCCCACCUAGUGUGAACACCCUGCCACCAAGCAUGCCGGGUUUAGCUCCCCCCACACCGUGGAGCAUCAAGCCGGACCCAAUACUCGAACAGCGUGAACGGGAAGCUCGAGAACGUGAAGAAAGAGAACGAGAACGGUUACGGAGGGAACGCGAAGAACGAGAAAGGAGGGAGAGGGAAGAGAAGCAGAGGCGGCUCGAACAACAGCAACAGCAAGAACGCGAACGUCGAGAGAAAGAGCGCCGGGAGCUGGAACGACGCGAACUGGAACGCGAACGCGAGCGUGAACGCGAACGGGAACGGGAACGUCUCCUCCACCAACAACGUCUGGCUGAAUCCGCGAAACAGCUCGCACCGCCCGUCAUCCGCGACCGCUCGCCUUUACGCAACGGCCAAGCGGAUGCCACCGACAUCCGCGUGAAGGAGGAACCGCGCACGAAGGAAGAGGAAAUGCUAGCGCGCACCGACCCCAGGUACUGUCGUCCGUACCACCCGUUCCUGCGACACCCGCCACUGCAGCCGCCCGUGCUGGACCGGUCGCGCAUGUUGCCACACACCCUGCCUCACUACCCGCCGCCGCCCGGGCCCGGGGCGCACUGGCCGCCGACGACGGACCCCUUCUACCGGUACGAGCCGCUGCGGUACAACCCGCUGGUGGACGUGAUGCGCGCCGAAGAAGAGAGAGCCAAACUGUUCGGCGCGUACGCGUCGCACCCCAGCCAGCUGCGUAAGGACCCGGGCCUGAUGCACCUGCGGCCGGGGCCGGCGCCGCCGCCCCCUUCGCAGCACCACAAGAUGAGCGUGACGCCCCCGACAGACCUGCACAAGAAGGAGGAGCCGCGAUAGCAAAUGCCGUGUGAUAAUAGUUAGAGGACUGCGCGGGAGGAGGAUGGAUCAUUUUCUAAAAGCGCGCAGAGUACGGUCGUGCUUCAGUGAUAUUAUAGUAUUGUUCGUGUCUUGGUUUUUCACUUUUAGAAAGUGGUCCAUGGUGGAUGAGUUCGAAACAUCGGUUCGUGAGUUGUACUUUUGAAACUUUCUUGGGGAAUUAUAUCGUAGGGAUCCUUCAUGACCAGAACGACACACUAAGCUAUUGGUGGUAUUACGUCAAAGCGAUGUAGGUGGGGGAUGAUGAUUGCGAUCUUGUCGAGGUCGCGAAAGGAGAUAGUACUUUUAAUAGUGUUGAAGUUUUGCAGAAAUGAGAGAGACUAAAACUAGGUCUCUAACAAUAUUUAUUUCCGUUUUUUUUUUUUUUUGACUAAAUAUGCUGGCCGUACUUUUUUUUUCUUUUUUAUUUUAAGAAUGUUUGUCGUUUUUUAUUGUUGGUUAUAUGAAUUAAAUUCGUAAAUUUUAUUAAAAGCUGUUAACGUAGGAUAAGAGUAGAAGGAAAAGUCUGAUUUUCCAUAUACACUACUCAGCGUACGCCACACAACUCGUGUUGUGUUACUCAUAACCCUGCUGCUGCUGUAAAAUUAGAUUUAUAUUCGAAUACAUUACUUAAAUAAUUGAAUUAAUUAAUAUUGAAAAAACUACACUUUGAUAGAAUACGGCCACAGUGUUAUCGACGACUUAACACGAAUUUUUUUGGUAACGUGCCCUCAAUCACAAAACGUCUUCAAGUUGGCGUUAGACAAGCAAAUUGUGUUUCUAGUUCCCGUUGUGCGCAGCAGGCGACAGCAACGACAGCUUGCCAAAUUUAUCACAUCUUAUUUUCUCAAUUUCGAUUACAUGUAUACAUGGUAUUUCGUAACAAACGGUUUGUCAAAAUUAAGUCAAAACCACUACAUUGUAGAAAGCCAAACAUAUGACGAAGAAUCUACAAAAUAAAGCAACUUUUUGAUACAUCCUGUAUAUGUACAAGGUGUACCACGGUUCCGACUGGCAAAAGAUUUACACAGAAUCACGGACUUCAGUUCAAGUCUAUAAAAAAAUCUGAAAAAACACAAAAUCGAAAGUAAAUGUUUUAUCACAUUAAAUUAUUAUUUGAAAUUAGAUUUGAUCAAAUUUGCCGCCCAAUUUUUAUCAAACUACUACUCCACAUCGACGAAUAGAGUGGAUGAUAAUCAACGCCUACUCAGAUGUGAUAAUAUGUCAUUUUGUUUUUAGCAGUGAAAACUUAUACUUCAUUUGAAUACAAUAUAGGAUCUGUGUUAAGUUUAAUUUGUGUGACAACGAAUUUUUGUGUUCUCUUCUAUUAAUGUUAAAAUGACACUUUUUCUAUGAAUAUGCGACAUUUUUCUAUCUUUAACCUAUAAAAUUGAUUUUGUUUUUUAUCCUUAGAAUUACUUUGUUGCGGUGAUUUUUUUAAUCAUUGUUGAUAUUUUUAAUUCUCCAUUAAUUGUUUUUAUUUCCAGUUCACGCGGAAUCCAUUACCUAAUUACUAGAGCUGUGCGGUUCAAAUUUAUUUAUCCCCACUAUCCGUCCCAUCAGGCCAGCAGUGCAGGCCGCUGCAGUCUUGCCUUCCUCGCUUCUCGCUUCUCAUUGUGUAUUAUUUUACAUAAUUCACAUCAAUCGUUUUAUUGUCAACGAGACCGACACUUGAACAUUAUUAAAAUUAUUAUUCUUAUUAUUUCGUGGGUAUGGAUUUUAAAAUCAUCAACUGAUUUUCAGUGAACAUUAUUUUUCGCGUAAAUUUCUUCGCGAUACGUAACAUCGGCUGCGAGACACUGGUCUCCCGUAGUAGGGGUCGAUUCGCAACGUUUAAAUUUGGACCGCACAGCUCUACUAAUUACACAUUAUUUUGGAACAAUUAAUAUUUUACUCUCUGAUUAUAUAACGAAGUUAUCAGAUUAGAUAAUUACUUCAGUCAGGACACUGAACACAAGGGAGAUUCAUUUUAAUUUGUGACUGAUCAAAUCAGAUGCAUUUAGUGGAAACAUUUUCGCACUUCUUCUUUUCUCAUUGUUUUUCGUAAAUAUAAUUUUUUAUGUGCAAUUCUGUAUCACUUUUGCAAUAAAAAUAUGAACAUGUUAAACACUUCCUUGGACCUUUUUCCAGGUCAAUGGAAGUGUGUGAUGUUUGUCGUAUUCGUACUACUUGAGACAUGUUGCGGUUAAAUUUGGUAUUUGGUGCAACAAAUCACAUUAAAAGUAAUCAGGUUUACUGAGGUAGUAAGUUGGGAAAGACAAUUAUGAAGUGUCGCACCACCUGUUUCGCUUUGAAAUAAUACCACUUUUCAUUCAUGAUCUCAUUAUAAUAGCAUAAUCAAAAGAAAUAAAUGAAUAAGGGGGCUAUCGUUCCUAGAAAUAUUUUUGCAGUGGUUUUGUAUGUAUAAUGUGUAGUUUUUAUGCAUAUAAACAGCCGUCAGCAUCCCUAAAAUGAAAACCCAUUUAGACAAUUGUGACGCAAUCAAGUUGUCUUCAUGGGUGCGAGAAACUGCCUAUGAAAUUAUUGUACAUAAAAUUAUUUAAAGAAAUUAACAGCUUCUACGUGGACGGAAAGCCAAGAACAUGUCCUGUUUUCUGUCAUUGUUUUAUUUUAUAGUUAUUAUUUAUUUAUAUGUACAUUUCAUUAAGUAAUUUAUUUAAGACUGAUGACUUAUCAUCUCUUACAUAUACAUAGCUCAUUUUAUUUAUACUUUUUUUAAUUUGUAAGAUUACAAACGGCUGCAGUUAUUUAUUUUCGUUCAAUUCUCUACAUGGGACCUGAGUUUGUGACGUCUUAAUGCAAUAAUUAGCCUGAAUUUGCAGAGGUCCCAUUGUGCGUGCCAGUGUGCUCGGUAUUUCAUUUAGAAAAUUUCUUUCGUGUAUGUGUGUAUUAUAGUACUCUUAACUGUUUUUCUUGAAAAUACUCAGUGCCAAAAUUCUAUUCGUUUUGUUUUUGUAUAUAGCGUACCAUGUGGACCAAUUUUGUGUUUUUAAAAUCUCUACCCUGUACUAUGGCACGUACUUCAUUAUUGUCUUUAUCGAGGGGUGGCGUGAAAUUUGCCCCACAUUCGUGACGAGGUAGCUUGUAAAAUAAUUAAGUCAUAAUCGCGUGUAGAUACCCGCCUUGUCAAAAUACAUUUCGAUAUAAUGUAGAUAAAUCACUGUGCUCUAUUUAAUGUUUGUUAGGAGGAAAAAAAACAAUUUUUUAUGUGUACGAUUCUAAAAGAAUCGAGUGAUGUAAUAUAUAAUAAAUAUUGUUUCUAUGAUUUAGAAACAUUAGUCAUACAGAA